AUGGGCUCUCCUCUUCCAGAUGCCACUGUUUAUCGCCGUUUGAUUGGACAACUGAAUUUUUUAACUCACACUAGACCCGAUAUUUCUUUUUCUGUCCAAUACCUUAGCCAAUAUAUGCAACAACCUCACCAGGCACAUCUUUCAGCUGCCCACAAUGUUCUGCGUUAUCUCCUUUCCGAUCCAGGCUUAGGAAUUUUUCUCAAUUCUUCCCCAUCUUUCACUUUGCUGGCUUUUUGCGACUCCGAUUGGGCUACAUUCCCCGACUCUCGCCGGUCAGUGAGUGGUUUCUACAUCAAUCUUGGGGGUAGUCCUAUUUCUUGGAAAUCGAAGAAACAAACUUCUAUUUCACUUUCCUCUGCAGAGGCUGAUACAGAUCCAUGCGGCGUGUUGUUGCAGAAUUGA